AUGCAGCCAAUCGAGGAUGUAUCGCCCACCUCCGGAGCGCAGGUGCCCCAGGCUAAGGAUGAGGAACGCAAGAAGGCGCGAUCCAAAACAUCCAAGUCUGGUUCCGCCGAGCGCCGUGGCCCGAAGAGGCGAGUCCCCAAGGAGCGAGACGACUUCGACAUGUGUCCACCGGAUCGUAGCCGAAGCCCUCAAGCGGGACGGCGAGCUCCCUGGCAAGGACGGGCGCAAGGAGUCAGAGUUCACACCUCCCGCUGUCCGUUCAACCUCAAGGACAAAGGCCUUCGCCCCGAGGCACCCACGGACGGAGUGCCACGGACGGGAUCGCACCAUGCAUCCGGUGGUUCGGGCAAAGACCCGGCCGCCGCCGUGGGCAGCCUGCGUGUGUCGCCGAUGUCGCAGGAAGGGUACCUGGAUGGUGCGCAGAACCCACCAUUGCUCCCAUCGAGCCCGUGCAGCUCUAUGUCGCAAGUUUGGAGCGUAUCUGGUUCUCCUGGUUCGCUUGCGAGCUCCGCAGCCUUCCUCAGACAACCUGUCUUCAGACCGCCCCAGUUGCCCCAAGAUCCGUUCUGCCAGGUGACGCCAAAGCCGUACCAGGCCUCUGGACCUCUGUGCGUCACUCUGUGCGCACUAACAAUGGUUGUGCUUGCGACGCUCGUGACAGUGGCGAUCUUGAAGGCUUCCUGGCAUACGCCAGCGCCAUUAUCGAACGCGUGCGAGACGCAUGCCUGCCUCGCCUACUCGAGACGGCUCCGCGCCUCCAUCAACGAAUCGGCGAACCCGUGCAAGAGCUUCACGCGUUUCGUUUGCGACGGCUGGAAGAAGGAGCACAGAGACACCGUGUUGAAGGAAGAGUUCCGUUACGUGCUUGACAAGCUUACGGACUCGCUGAAGGACAUCACCGUUCCGACGUCCGGGCAAAACGAGGAGCAACGGGCAGCCGCCGUGUACCGUAGCUGCGUGUCGCUUUUCGAUGGCGGCAGGGACGAUCUGCCGGCCGUCCGGAAGGCGCUCGAUAACGCCGGCAUCGAGUGGCCGCAUCCGUCCACGGACGCCGACGUCCUCUACACGCUCAUGUACUGCUCCCUGAAACUGGGCUGGGACGUGCUGCUCGAUUUCGACAUCGUGGUGAACAGCAGCCGCAGCCGCAGUGCGGUUGAGCUGAUCGCAGGUCCGGGCAGGCUGUUUCCAUUCCUGUACGACAAACACAUUCGCCUGCACUUCAAUGGUGAGGGCGAGGCGAACUUCGAAUUUCUCAAGGAGCGCUUUCAGCGCAACAAUACGGUCACCCUAACGUACAGUCAGACGCAGUAUUUAGAGGACCGUGCGCUGAAAAAGCUCUUGUACGCUGGGGCGAUGCGCACAGGCAGCGUCGAAAGCUUAAUUCUGAAUGCGUCGGACAUAGGCCUGACCGAAGCGAAGUGGACGGCAACUCUCCGGAAGCUUAACAUGAGCCUGGCCGAAGAUCCCUUGCUGACGACGACGAAUGUCGCUUAUGUGAACGCAUUGCUGGAUCUCUGGAGGUCGAAUGGCUCGGCCUCGUUCCAUACACUAGUCUCUUGGUCCACGGUUCAAGUGGCAGCUCUUUUCGCAAACAGGGAGCUCAUUUACAAUUAUUACGAUGAUAACUACAAAGUGGCUAAGGUGCACUAUGGCAUCUUCUGUGCCACCAGAGCCAUGUUCUUUUCUAGGCAGGCACUGUUCGCGAGAUACAACGCCGAUGUUUUACGGGGCAAGGCAGGGCCCAUUGCGAGAGAACUGGCGCUGUCGGUACGGCUUGCCUUCUUUCGCCGUCUUUCCAACUCGACCUUUUUCGACGAGAACGUAACCGUGGUAGCCGACUGGAGCUCUCUUACGACAGCGUUCCAAAACUUCGAGAAGCACAGCGAAGAGAACGAAACCGUUGUCCGAGGCCAGCUGCCGGACAUGGCGGAUUCGUUGGUGAGCAACUGGCAACAUUCGGCAGUAGUCAGAAACACACCUGAAGUGGAUCAGAUGCUGUUCUCCAUGAUUCGCCGACGUUACUACGUCCACUCCUACGGGAAGAGGGACUUCCAACUGAUGCCAUAUGCCCUGUCCUUUCCUCUGUUCGAUUCAGCGCUGCCAGCGUCUGUGAACUACGGUGGCUUCGGAUACGAGGUCAUGGUAGCGCUGGGCGAAUUGCUUCUAAGCGCCUAUAUAUACGACGUCGGAAAAGUUCCCCAAAUUGUAUCCCUAUACCGUUGCCUGCUAACCAGCCAAUACAGCGACGUCGAAGACGCCGACUAUUUUGUAGCGCGAACUAUUGGUCUCAACGCUCUUGUGGAUGCUUACAAAAGCAGCGGCCGUGCCUUGGACAACGCUGUGAAAGGGCUCGAGAAAUAUCGCGGACUGCCGCUGGUGUUCAUCGCUCUGUGUUACGUUCAGUGCCAUGGCAGCGUGACUGUGGGAAAGGGCGAGGGUGUGUGCAAUCUGCCGUUGCAGCAGUUGCCCCGGUUCGCUGAAGCCUUCGACUGCGCUCCAGGAGAGCCUAUGAACCCUGCGGACCGAUGCGAGCUGCUUUGA